AUGUUCAGGGUGCAGAAAGUUUUGCUUGCCGAUUACGAGGAGAUCUACGAGCCGGUUCUGGUGGAGAAUCCCUUCACCCUGGUCAAUAUCCGGGGUGUGGGAUUGCGCCAGUACCAGAUAGGACUCACCUGCAACCGCCUGCUCUUCGGAUGCGAUAACUUCUCGAAGUACGGCGAUGAACCGAGUUUCCUGGCCCGUGGCUUGGAUCCGGAAAUCGAGAGUUUCGAACUGGUCAGCAUGCUGCCGCUGCAGUUGAUCCGGUUUCACUUCUUCCGCAAGACCAAUCGGUGCCUCAUGAUGCUGAACAUUGUCCAGCCGACGGGGUCGGUUCCACUGACUGUUUUGGAGCACCCGAUGAUCUUUGAGUUUGGUGGCCAUGUCUACAAGCAGCACUUCUGGCACACUUGGCGGGAACGGGUGGCCACCAUCCGGGUGAUGCAGCCCCUCUACGGCCAGAUCACCGGCGCCUCACCCUUCUCCAGCACCGAUGUCCAGCUGGACGAGGAGCCCACCGUGGUGCAGGUGCAUCCUGUGCCGAGGAGUUCAUCCUUAUACAGUGCCUGCCAUGCGGGGGUUGGGGAUUUCGGCUAGCCAUCGUAAGUGGCUUUUGACCAGUUUCCAUUUUCUAUUAACCGAUUUGGGGGCUUAAGUUUUCAUGGCCCAAACUUUCAAUUUGCUCAGACUGUUUAUUUAUUUAUAUUAAAAGCAAAUCGCUCUUCCCACCUUUA